AUGAGAGAGCAGGAGUCUUCUUGUCCACGAAAGGGAUUUCGCUCGUUUGAUGUUUUCGUUUGGAAUUUUGACGUUGGCCUGACACUUUCUUCUCUCUCUCCUGCCAGGGUUUCAUUCCGACGCAAGAAGAAGGACGAGAAGGAGCCCAAGGCUAGCAAGGAGGAUGCCAAGCCCGCUGCCGAGGCCAAGAAGCCUGCCGCAAAAGAAGAAAAGAAGGCUGCACCAAAGAGCGCUCCAGCCAAGCCACCCACUCUCGAUGACAUUCCUCAAUUGAUUGAGACUAUGCUCAACUCCAAGGGAGAGAAGAGUGCCGCCGCCACCAAGCGCAUUUACGAAUUGUGCGAUGUUGGACACAAGCAGAACCGUGUGCCCAUGGUUUGCAGUGGAAAGUAUGAUGUGCUCACACCCCUUGCACAGUGCUUGACACAAGAAAGCGGCGAUGGUCGUCACUUGGCCUGCUUGGCCUUGAACAACCUCUCCAUCCCCACUGAAAACAAGCGUGUCAUGGCACUUGGACCUGCUUCUGAGGAAGUCAUUGGAGGACUCUGCAAGGUCAUUGCCGAGGACAAGCAAGAAUCUUACUUGUGCUGCAUCUGUUUGAUGAAUCUUUCCUUCCUUGAGGCAAGCAUCACCACCAUCCUUCAGCAUUCACCAUCCCCCGAUGGCAAGACUCUUGCUCCUCUUGAGAACCCCGCCUCUUUGCUUCGGGUUCUCGAGAAGCUCCUCACCAACUCUCCCGCCGUCCCCAAGUCUGGUUCCGGCAAAUCAGAGGGUGUCCGUUGGGCUUGCGGUUUGAUCAAGAACUUGGCCAAGAGUGAAGAGAAUGCCGCCUUGAUCGGACAAACCGACAUUCCCAAGUGCGUUGUGGAGAACAUUCGCUCUACCACUGCCCCUCCCUCUCGCUGGACUUCCAACAGUUUGGAGGAUUUCUCGCUGUUUGUCAUCCUCAACCUUGCCCAGUGGCCUGUCUCUCGCGACGCCCUCAUCCAGGCUGGUGCCGUUGAUGUCAUCAAGAACAUCAUGUCGGAAGGUGAUUUGCAAGGGCUGAAGGCCACCAUGGCUUGUGCCUUCCUCGAUGCCCAGUGGGCCUCUUUCCCAGAUGGAGGAAGCCCUGCGGCCAAGUCUGUCUCCGAGCUCAUGACCAACAUUGUCGAAAAGAAGGGCAAGGAUGGUCAAUACGCCUACGGUGUCUUCAAGCUGUACACUGCUACCAAGGCCUUCCGUGACUUGUGCCUCGCGGCCAAGAAGGCCGAUUCUGAUGGGGAAGAAUCCAACACCAAGGUCCUUGCUGUGCCUUCAGCUGUUGCCUUGAACUUCCAGAUCAUUUCUGACCUGGUGUUGUCCGCCAUGGAUGAUGCCGAGGGAGGCUCCAAGUAUGUUCCCGAUGCCAUGUCUGCGGAAUUCGCCGUGGGGGCCAUCGAAGCUAUGCUCCCAUCCAUUCUGACGCCUGCAGAACCUCCACGCACAUCCAUCCAAAGCGAGAAGGCCUGCGGCGAGAUUGCACAGAUGCUUGUUACCUACUCUGAGGUUGCCGGCACAUCAAGCGAAGCAAAAGAGAGUGCACGAAACGCCUCCAACAAAAUCAAGGAAGCAUCUGGUUCGGCACGACCUGUAUUGGAAAUCUCUCAUGAUCUAUGGACUCAAUACCGCAAGCGUGAAGGACAGCCGAUGGAUCAAUUCAUUUCGCAGGAGAAGGGCAUUGAGGUCAACGAGCAGGGACCACUGGAUUUCUUGCCAUGCGCAUCGAACGAUGGCAACUGUAUUAUUCUCUAA